AGGCGAGUCUUCCUGUGGAAAUGCAGGAAGGGGACGAGGGACGACGUUAACGAAUAUAGCAAACAAGCGCAACAAAAAAAGCUCAUUUUAUUCAUAAUAUACAUCAAAGAAUGGUGAUAAGACUAAAAGAUAUGUCGCGUUUCUAUGCCAUAUUCAUUGGAUAUGCUUUACUUCUAUUUUUCGGUACAUUCCCAGCCACUGCUAUUGAUGUGUUCACGCCAGGAGAGGUGAUGGUGGAGAAUGGAACCACGGGGGUUCUCAGGUGCACUUUUCAAUCAAAGGAGGUUAUCAGCAGUGCAGCAUCUGUGUCCUGGACGUUUCUUGCUGAGGGAUCGAAUGAUUCCCCGGCCACUAUCUUCCAUUAUUCUUCUGGAAAGGCUUAUCUUUCCACCAACAACCAGUUUAAGGAAAGGGUGGAAUGGAUCGGAGACCUCAACAAGAAAGACGCAUCAAUAAAACUGACCAAAAUGCAGUUCAGCGACAAUGGCACGUAUGCCUGCGAUGUGAAGAAUCCCCCUGACUUUGAGGUGAUGCCUGCACGCACACAGCUACGGGUAGUAGUGAAAGAAGCUCUUCCUCAAACCAACACGGCGGUUAUUGUUGGAGCUGUUAUCGGCGCCAUCAUCGGUCUAAUACUCAUCACAGUUGUCACCUACUUAAUAAUAAGGAGGCAAGAGUCCAAUAACGGCUACGAUGGCUGCACCUCAACCGAGAGUAGCAGUUCGCAACCACCGCGGCUGGGGAAGAAAGCAGAGUCCAGCUCGGAGGGCUCCAGGUGUAGCAGUCCAUCCGCCCCAGUUCAGGUAGGAGUCAGGAGUGUACGCAAACAACUGCCCAUUAAAGAAAAUGGCAUUCGCAUUGAAACGAGUGCGUGCAUGUUAUGCUACAUUCUCAGUGGUUUGAAUUGUUCUUCAGGAUGUACACGAAAGAGCAAGUCGGUAUCCCCACCUUCCAUGCUGAGUUCAGUAACAUGUUGGGACAGGUCUAUGAAGGUGCUGUAGAUGGCCAAGAUAAGGCCCUGUUGUUGUGUUGCACAUCUUGGGCUGCACAUUUUGUGCAUAAACGUAACUGCUGUCUGAAUAUGCACAGUGCCAAACUUUAGCACAGUCUAUAGCAUGGGCUUAUUGUUCCAACUUUCUUUUUGUGUGGUAGACAUUGAGACAUGGGUGAAACUCCAUAUUAUUGAUGCAACAAAAAGGGGGGGGGGGGAUUGUUCAUAAUAACCCCCUUCUCCCACCCAUUCCUUCGUCAGGGCCCGGUGAUAUAUGCACAGCUUGAUCAUUCAGGCAACAAGAACCCGAACUCAUUCCACAAGAUGGAGCCAGUGGUUUAUGCUGACAUCCGUAAAAACUAAAGGUUGAAACUCCAGGCCGAAAUUGACUGGAGGCCAGUGACUUUCUGCCUGCUGCUCCUGGGUUCCUGGCUUUGUGAAUGAAUACAACAUUGUUGCUGGGUUUUUUUUUUUGGUUUUUUUUUUUGUUGAGGAGGGUGAAUCCUUGCAUGUUCAUACUGUAUCUCAGAUGUGUACAGACACUUUUUUUUUCCCCCUCUUUUUUUUUUUUCCUUUUUUUUUUUUUUCUUAAAAUGAUAGAAUAUUAGAUGCACUAAACAGAUUAGGUGACACUAAAGGUUAAACCCCUAAUAGUCCAUACAGUCCACACUUGCUGACUAGUUAUUGGCAGGGUAAAAUUCAUUUGACUGAAUUUUUUUAAUUCAUGUAGUUACUAUAGGGAAUGCAGUGUUUACCUUAAACUAUGUUUUGCUGGUACAUAAUCUUGGUAAGUGAAGAGAUUGUUUCAACAAUGUGCUAGAGACUUAUCUUGCUCCUUCAGAGAAAUGGAUUAAAGUAAAGUUCUCUCUAGAAUCUGACACUAGGAUCAUUAUCAUAAAUGAAAUGCUGCCUUAACCAUGUGUAAAUCACAAACUGCCUAUGAAAACAAACAAUUUGGCUUAAGUGACAGAAUGAGCCAAAUGAUGACUUAAAAUAACAUUGUACAGAAAAGUAUAUUUGCAUGUAAUUUAUUAACUAACGAAUCCAUGUAAUAACCAGAAUAGGUUCAUUUAAAAAAAGUGUAGAUAACGUGGGCUUAAAAUGAGCAGAACAGGCAAAUUGUUAUCGUUGCUUCCAACUAUUUGUGCUGUGCAAAACGGACAAAUGGUUUGCAGUGGAAAUGUUGAUUCAUGGGAUUAAAUUUGCGUUUUAAUACUGUAUCUAAAUUCAUUCAGGAACAGUACAAACUCCCUAUAGAAAAUAAAUGGGUUUAUUUGUGGGUAUCAUCCUGUUAUUUCAAAAUGAUCUUUCCAGUCUCAGACAAAUUGUGUUGUGUCUUCGACUUGCAUUGGUGCCUAACAAAGUUAGCAAAGCCGUUAUGUGAGUGUUUUAUUGUCCUAGUGCCACAAAAUGUCUGUUAAAAUGCCUACAUGUUCUAUACGUUUUGGAAUUCUGUUACAAAUGUCAACGUAAAAUUUACAAUUAAAACACAGCGUACCAUUGUCUCAUAGUGAGCCUUCCACUAAAUAUUUCUUAAGUUUUUACUGUCUUCCAUUCACAAUGGUGUCAUUAUUUUAGAAUUAUGUGAGGUCUAAUUAGCUAUCCAAUUUGUAAAUGCCACCUUCCAUCAAUUUUAGGAUAGAAAUAUGUAUGAUAAAAUGAGCUUAAGAACCAUUCCUAAAUAUCCAACAGAUGCUGGAUCUUUUACUGUGCUGUUCUGUGCUUGUACAUGUUUAUUAUGUAGGUUAUUUUUUCAUUAUGAAAACUUUUAAAUGUUUCUCAAGUCCAAAUGGUUAUGAAAUGUAUCCAGUGUCCACAUUUGAAUGAGUGCAGGUUCCAUUAAUCAUUCCAGUGAAAGUAUGUUUGAAUGCCGUACCGAAUUUUAAAUCAAGUUGCAUUUUUGCUAUUUUGUAAACCUAGCUUAAGUGGUAUGUCGUGCCUGUGUAAACAUCAUGUGUUGCAACAGCGAUCUGCACUAUGUACUGCGUAUCAAAGUAGUACUUGUUAACAGAAAUGUUUCCUGCUCUUUGUUUGAUGUCUUAAAACUGGAAUGUAGCAACAUUAGUGCCUUUUUGCAUUUCAUCUACUAACUUAAAACACUCUGCUUAUUUUUUCAAAGAAUCAUGUUUAUUUUGCUUUGUGUGUAAUGUUUUUUUAUAUACAUAUAUGAAAACAGUUCCUGUAUCUUAUUGUUCUAAUUUUAUAUAAAAGCCAUUCCCAAUG